AUGCCUACAUUAACUCCAAUAGAGCCUGUAACACGCGUUAGUCCCUUGGUGAUUCGUAUUUUGGGUCAAAAUCCUGGACCUUUCACUCUACAGGGUACAAAUACCUAUCUUGUAGGAAGUGGGAAAAAGUAA